AGGGCGCUCCCAGCCUCCCAAGUCAGAGCCAGGACAUAAACUUCAUGCACGAGUUUUCUUCAGGAGAACACCAGCACUGAGAGAUCAGAGACGCAAGGCUAAAAGAUACAAAAAUAUUUCACAUGUGGAAUAAAAUCUAGCCUGAAGAGAAGCUUUCUCAACAACUAAUAAGGAAUACUUCAUUUUUUUUAACCUUUUUUAUGCAAAAUGAACAUUCAGAAGGCAAUCAUGUUGUUUUUAUGUUGGAUGAUUCUGUGCAUGGACAUCUGUCUAAGCCAGAAAGACUGCACAGGUGUGGACUGUCCUGUUCUGCAGGACUGUAUCGACACAGUUUUAGAGAAGGGUGCCUGCUGCCCCACCUGUGUGCAGAGGGGCUGCACCUGUGAGGGUUACCAGUACUACGACUGCGUCCAAGCAGGCUUCCAGAAGGGGAAAGUCCCAGAGGGGGAAUCUUACUUUGUGGAUUUCGGAAGUACUGAGUGCUCCUGUCCCCAGGGAGGAGGGAAGAUAAGCUGCCGUUUUAUUCCAUGUCCUGAAAUUCCCCCCAACUGCAUUGAAAUUUUACAACCUGCAGAUGGAUGCCCGCAAUGUGGGCGAAUUGGCUGCACCCAUGGCAGCAAGAAAUACGAGGCAGGACACUCCUUUCAGAUUGACCAGUGCCAGGUCUGCCACUGUCCAAAUGAAGGUGGAAGGUUAAUGUGUUCUCCCAUCCCUGGCUGUGACCUUCGUAGUGCCAAUAAGCCCACGUGGGUAACAACUAUUGAAAACAACAACCCUUUGAGAGACAUUAGCGGCCGUCACCACAGCCAACAAACGAGCUCUGUAGAACCAUUUUCCAAACUGGCAGUGGGAAACACUCUACCACUGUAUAAGCAGGACCCACCUAGUUUUGGCACAGAGGAUUAUGACUAUACGCUGGCAGAGCCAACAUCCUCCACAAUCCAAGAUCUGGCCCAACCGCUGGAAUCUACUACAUUACCACCAGCUUACCCAGAGUCAAGCUCCACUUCCUUCAGCUCCCAUGAUGACAGGAGACAUGAGCUGAGAGAAACACAAAAAAGCCCAAAACCAGCGAGAAGCGGCAGGGAUGAGGUCACACAUAACAUUGAUCCCACCACUAUGGGGGCUCAGAGUGAGACAUCAACGUCGCUGACAACCACAACCACACAGAGAGUUACCACAGUGAACCACAGGCCACAACAGGAAAUUGGAGAAAGGACCAUUAGACAUAACAGAAACAGAGUGGUACAGGGCACUUUAAAAGACACAGCGUAUACUGUCCAUGCCAACAAAGCAGGCAGGCACGUUGGCCUUCACAAGCACACUCAAGGCAGUCGCGUGGCGAGUAAUGGAGGCCCCCUUUCUGCCGGUCAUAAGGAACAAGAAAGAGUCUUGGAGGAACACAGGCAGACGUUAAGUGCCACAGUCCAUCUCAGUCCCACCAACAGAGCCCCAGUCAGGAUGAGGGAGGAUGGUGAGGAGCCUCAGAGACAGCCCCAGACACUGCACACCUAUCAAUCCCAGGAUGUGAAGGGAGACACAGAAGUGUCUGUCAAGGAGCUGGUAAAGACCUGCUGUGAGACAGGAGAGAAAUGGGCUUCAGCUAAUGGUCACUGUAACAACAUGGAGCCACCCACGAAAGAUAGGCACUCCAUCUGCUGGACUGCCCAACAACAGUGCUGCCUCGGUUCCCUGAGAGAAAGACGGUGCUUGGCUGGAAUUAAUGCAGCCAGAGCAGGAAGUAUGUGUGAAGAGGAUGCCAGCGAUAAAUGUGGGAUCGAUUCCUACAAGGAGUGCUGUGGCUGCUGUUCACUGGGGUUGCAGUUCCGCAAUGAGGGGCAUCGCUGCGAAGCCCACCAGUACCUGGGCUACCACUGCAGACACAUCUUUCUAAACUGCUGCAAGGGGGAGGAGGGGAUGGCUGGGAAUCAAGACAGCUGGCACACUGUCAGAGAGAGGCCCGCCCUCGACUCCACUUUGCCACCAAAAAAAGUAUCUGACAGCCCGUACCCUAAAGAGGCCUUCUCCAUUGGCGAAGAGAGGGAUGGGGAGAACGCAGUGGAGGGUCCUGUUGAGGUGGAGGACAUAGAUGAGUGCCUGAAAUAUGAGGGCAACAUCUGCCACCACAUAUGUGUCAACACGCCUGGCUCCUUCCGGUGCGAGUGCUUCCCCGGAUACAUGCUCCAAGAGGAUGGCGUCACUUGUGCAAAAGAGGCGGUGGAUGAGGAGAAUAGACUGAAGGAGGAUGGCAGAGCAGCGGUGGAGCCCACCUUGUCCCUUCCACCUCCCUCCCAGCCCACUGUCCCAGUCCACCCCUGUGAAGGAAACGGCCCCUGUGAACAACAGUGCACCCCGGUGGGUGGAAGGCCACAGUGCUCCUGCUACCCAGGAUUCUCCCUUAGGGCUGAUGGACGCUCCUGUGAAGACAUAAAUGAGUGUUUGUCCAUGCAUGCCUGCCAGUUGAAUGAGCGCUGCGUGAAUACUGUGGGGAGUUAUGGCUGUCAGAGACUGAUCACCUGUCCCCCGGGAUACCAGAUCAACAACGACAUUUGUGAAGAUAUCAAUGAGUGUGUGCAGGGGAGCCAUAACUGCGGGCUCGGCUUUGAGUGUGUGAAUACUGAGGGCUCGUUCAGGUGCAACCCCAGACCUCGCUGUCCUGCAGGCUUUAGCCAGGAUGAACAGGGCAACUGUAAGGACAUUGAUGAGUGUGGUGCUUUGGCCCCGCCAUGUAGCCCAGGAUUUAACUGCAUCAACACAGCAGGAUCCUACAUGUGCCAGAGGAAGAUAAUAUGCAGCCGUGGCUAUCAUGCCAGUCCUGAUGGCUCCCGCUGUAUCGAUGUGGACGAGUGUCAGAGUGGCCUGCAUCGAUGUGGAGAGGGACAGCUGUGCCACAAUCUGCCUGGUUCCUAUCGUUGUGAAUGUCGCACAGGCUAUCAGUAUGACUCAUUCAGGAGGAUGUGUGUAGAUGUGAACGAGUGUUGGCGCUACCCGAGCCGUCUGUGUGCUCAGACCUGUGAGAACACCCCAGGCUCCUACGAAUGCUCAUGUACCUCUGGUUUCCGCUUAUCUGGCGAUGGAAAGAGCUGUGAAGAUGUGAAUGAGUGUUUGGCCAGCCCUUGCAGUCAGGAGUGUGCCAACAUCUAUGGUUCCUACCAGUGCUACUGCAGACAGGGCUACUACCUCAGGGAGGAUGGGCACACCUGUGAAGACAUCGAUGAAUGUUCCCAGAGCAUCGGCCACCUCUGCACCUACAAGUGUGUGAAUGUGCCUGGCAGUUACCAGUGUGCUUGUCCUGAAUAUGGCUACACCAUGUCUCCAAACGGACGCUCUUGCAGAGAUAUCGAUGAGUGUGCCACAGGGGCCCAUAACUGCUCCCUAGCUGAGACCUGCUAUAACAUCCAAGGAGGGUACCGCUGCCUUUCCCUCAACUGUCCACCGAACUACCGCAAAGUGUCUGACACGCGCUGUGAGCGGAUCAGCUGUCCCAACUACCUGGAGUGUCAAAACUCUCCUCUGAGAAUCACCUACUACUACCUCAGCUUCCAGUCCAACAUCGUCAUCCCCGCUCAGAUCUUCCGCAUCGGACCCUCCCCCGCCUACUCCGGAGACAAUGUCAUCGUCACCAUCACGCAGGGCAAUGAGGAGAGCUACUUCAGCACCAGGAAGCUGAACGCCUACACGGGCGCCGUGUACUUACAGCGGCAGGUUGAGUUUCCAAGGGAUUUCCUCAUCACUGUAGAGAUGAAACUUUGGAGACAGGGGACGUUUACCACUUUCCAGGCCAAGAUCUAUGUCUUCAUCACAGCCAACUCACUCUAACAGCGCAGAGCUGGAUCAAUGGCCAUUAUGGACCUUAACACAGCUCACGAGGACUUUUCAUAUCACUAUUUAACACUAUUUUUUAUGUCACAAGAUAUACCACUGUCUGUCACAAUUGGUUUGAGUAGUUAACCUUACUUUUGUCCAGCUGAAAUGAAUACUAAAACUUUGCUGUAAGGGUAGUGGAAUGAAACUCUCUACAAUGUGUCAGUUUCUGUUUUCACUGCGAUUGCAUGAAAACCUUGUCAUUUCUUUUUUUUUUUCUGCUCUUGAACUGCAGGUAACCAUGUCAUUAAUUUCUCUGGAUGAGAAAACCCUCUCAAAACGCAUUCCUUAUUCUCAAAAAUCUGUUGAAAUUUGAAUCUAAAAUAAUACACAUGGAGAUACAAAGAUAUUUCUGAUACUAGAAGAAAGAAAUUUGUUGCCAUUGCAUUGAUUAUCUUAACCAGAAAGAUAAAAACACCAAACUCUAGCUUCUGUCAUCUUUUUUAUAUAUUUAUCCUAGUAUUCUGCUCAUACUGUAUCAUCCUGUUAUCAGAUGAAGUGUAACUUGAUGACUAUUGUGAAAGCAAGAGAAAUUGUUUCGUAAGAGUUUCCAUAACAGUGCCUAAACAAUGUUGUCUUUUUUUUUCUUUUACCCUGCACUGCUGUUUUUGUUUUUGUCUCUGAAGUACUUUAAAACUAAUUUAAUAUUACUCUAUAUUGUGUAUUUUUAUAUCCCUGUAAUCAGACACAUUAUUGAUGGAUGUAUCAUAUUUUUUAUGCUAGAUUCAUAAACUGCAAAGUAUUUUAGUAAAAGAUAUAUAUAUAUAUAUAUAUAAAUGCCUCUGUGGUUUUGUGAAUAUUGGCUAAUUGUAUUUAUUAAGAGGAAUAUUGUUUGUUGACUUCACUUGGACAAACUUGUUACGCACCAGCUCUUAUACUGAACAUUAUUCCUCUGUGAAGUUGUUAAAGUAUAUAAUCCAAUAAUCCAUUCUUGUCGGGACAUGUCACAUAGCAAAUAUCCAUGCCUAUUUACAGUACAUACCUCUUCACACCUUGCUCAUGAACUCAACCUGAGCGUCAUCCAUCAGCAUGCACCAGUUUUGAGGCAUGCACAUUUUAUGAUGGCUAAUAAAAGAAAUUAUCAUGUACUUUUUGAUCUAUGAAAUAAAACAAUUAUUAUGGCCUUAAAUUUAUCUGUAAAGUCUUGUAGACUACAGAGUUGAACAGAAGUUUGUGAAAUUAAAAGAGUUACACUUCCACCUACAGGGUGAAUGCAGCCCUGCACCCUAAAAUUCUGGCUCUCCUCAGCGACAACAGUAGUGUCUUGUACAAGAGAACAAGGGAAAGUGCACCAAAUUCUCAUCAAUAGCAAGGACAUUUUAGGUGAUUAAAGUAUAAGAACUUGA